AUGGCGGACUGCGCUCCACUAUUAGAUGAGGAACUCUCGUCCUUUGUCUUCAAUUACCUGACAGAAAACUCCGGCAGCCAGUAUGGGGAGGAGGAGGUGUGUUCGGACCGUUUGGACACUGACUUCCCGGACAUCGACCUCUCCCAGCUGGACACCAGUGACUUCGACAGUGUCAACUGUCUCAGCGAGCUGCAGUGGUGCAAUGAUCAGCCUGCAGACGCGUCACCGGCCUCCAUCCACUACAGUACGGCAGAUGAGCUCUUCGAGAUAGAAGAGGAGAAUGCGGCUCUGCUGGCCGCUCUGACCGACAGUUUGGAUGGCAUGGUGGAUGCCGAGGUGGGCGGGCUCUCCGUCUUCCCAGCCCUGGGAGAGGAGCCUGACCAGGAAGAGGAGGAAGAGGAUAGUCUUCCUCUCAGUGCUGAGGACUUCAGCCAGUCCCUGGGAGCUGAGACAGAGGACCCAUCACUAUUGAAGAAGCUGCUGCUGACUCCUCCCAACGUGCCCACGGGCAUCGACGCACACAAAGAUGGAGUCCAUGGCCAUCGUUACAGCAACAGGAGCCUGCAACUACGGCCAGUCAGACCUCUUGUCAAGAGCGACCUCCCUCAGGAGCGGAAGCCCCGGGCAGUGCGUCCAGCGGGGCGCCUCUGCACCGAGCUCCACCGCCACCUCACCACCGCCCAGGACACUGAGGACUUCCCGGCCCCCGACACAGAGGAGGACGAAGAGGAAGAGGAGGACGAGGACAGUGAGUCGGAGGAGGAUGAAGAGGAGGAAGGGGAGGAAGAAGAGGAGGAGUCUUCCAGCAGCGAGGUGGAGGGCGGGGCAGUUUUGGCUGCUGUUCCCGCUGAGCCAGCCAAGCCUCAGUUCAGCUCAGAGAAAGAACUGCACUCUGUGGUGGAGCUGAUCACGUACAUGCACACCUACUGCCUCCCCACACGUAAGCAGCAGGGCUGGGAGCGCAAGGACCGGGACAUCCCGAGGUCUCGGGCCCGACCUGAGGCCUCCCGCCCGGCCGCCACAAACUCUAACAGUAGAGUUGUCUUGGUGGCCACUCCUGGGACUAGUGGGGGCUUGACUGGGACAGGCAGUGGCGCUCCCAGGAGGCUCCCCUUUGCAAGGCAGAGGGAGAUGAAGGCAAACUCCCUUCUCCGUGAGCUCCUGCAGCAGAGCAGCUCUUUUGAUGUGAGCAAGCCUUACAGACUGCACAGCCCGCCAUACUCCCACAGCCCCAACAGAGGAGUAUCUGCCCCCUCUGCCCUGGCUAAAUCAGCCCAAACCCAGUCCCCCAGCUCCACCACCCUUAAACCAGAGCUUCGUAAAGAUUCCUCCUCCCCUGAGAGGAGAAGCUACUCCUCUGAGGCGCCUCAGAGACCAGAGGAGACCACAGAGGACGGCGGCUCCUUCUCAGUUCGGCGUUCCCGGCGUCUGGCCUCUUUUCCCAGCCGCUUCGCCAAGAGGCUUCGGCCCGGACGGGCGAGGGAGGAAGAGGGGAAGGACAGGCAAGAGAGGGAGGAGGGGCGAGCAGGAGUCAAACUCCUACCAACCCAAGCAGGAGGGGGAACCACAACGGAGGCUCAGCCAGAGCCGCUAACGUCCAGUGAUGGCAGCAUCGGUACCACGGAGCCGACCAAACCCUGUUGCCACAACGAAAAGCGAGCCUGCCUCUGCCUGCCUCUGAACCCCAAGUCCACAGGAGAGUCCCAGUACAGCACCAAGUCUUUCGAGCAGACACUCAGUGUGGAUCUGUGUGGAACGGCAGGUCUUACCCCUCCCACCACCCCACCUCACAAACCAGUGGAGGAUGAGCUCUUCAAGCCGGCAGAGGGAGGAAAGGGCGGUGGAGGAGUGGGUGGCGGCAGCAGUGGCGAUGGCGGAGGAGGUGGCAGCGAGUCUGUUCAUCCGGCUUCAAACACUAACGUUGCCACGAAGGCCUCAUCUUGGCUGAGCCGCGCCCACCAGCGGAAGCUUCCAGAGCAGACGGAGUUGUACGCCCAGCUGCGGCGCAUGGGCCAGGCUGGCGACAGUGACACCCACCGCAGCUUUGGCGACCACGACUACUGCGCACUGAGCCUUGGGGAGAGCCGCAAGCGUAGUGCUGCCAUGCUCGGCGCCAUGUUGCAGGCACAAGGAGGGGCCGAUGGAGUUGGCACCCUAGCACCCAAAGCAGCUGACGAUCAGGUAUCGGAUGGGAAGGAUAAGGGGGAGAGGCUGGUGAUGUCAGAGGUCGCGGAACUGAAGGAACAGCACACGACCUUGGUGAUAUCAUCAUCGCUGCCGUCAGACUGCCAGUCGGCAGCCUCGGAGGAAGAGGUGGAGCGCUCGUUGGCAUCUCGCUCACCCUCGCCCAUCCUUCACCUGUGUCCAGACUCCCCCGCCAGCAAGACAGACUCCAGUGAGAACUCAGAGAUCUGUCCCGAUGACAAGCAGAGGAACAAAGCCAAGUCUGACGAGGACAACUGCCAGGUGUUUUACAUCCACAACCUGCCGAGCAGCGUGACCCAGAACAUGCUGAGGAAACGCUUCCAGGUUUUCGGCAAAGCAGAGGACUGCAAAGUCAUCAUCUGCAACGAGGAGCGCUGUGGGGUGAUAAAGAUUCGCCAGUCAGGGGUUCAAAGGCACUGGAGAGAACGGGAGACCGUUUUCCAGAAUGGACCUGCAGGCUUAAGGAGGCUGACAAGAAAACGCUACAUAGACCUUGAUGAGGCAGGUCCGGGCCCUGUCAAAAGCAAGUACGAUGCACUGGACUUUGACACUCUGCUGAAGGAGGCCCAGAAGUCCCUGCACCGCUGACAGCACAGCACCCCUGACUGGCCAGCCUUAGUAAACCACAGCAACACCCCUCCGACUACACGGCUCUGCCCUCAGACAGGCCUCUCAGUACCUCCAUGCAAGGCAACCUCGCAAAAUGUUUACAUUUUUACCAUUGGAACAAAGUAACGAUAAGGACCUUGUUGUUUUUUAAGUUUCUUUCACCGGAGGAUACUGCUUAAAAACGAGGAAGCCACUGGGAGUCUGGAUGAGUUAUGAGACAAUGGAGGAAAUAGGACUUUUAACAGCAAUGGUACAACAACUACACAUGAUAAUGAUACAGUUCUCUGCUGAACAACAAUAACAACAAAGCUGCUUCCUGUCUGUGUUGGUGACAUCAUCGCCCCGCCUUGGAAGCACAGGUGUGAAAGACUUCUGUAGCAAAAUACUUGCUAUCCCUGCGUUGCGUUGGUCGUCGUGGUGUGUGUUUCUGCGUGUGCGUGUUCUUUGUUCUGUUUGUUUUGUAAAAAAAAAAGAAAAACCUCCCUCUUUCCGGCCAGGGGUGGUGAACCUGCAAGCUGUGUUCGCCCUGAAGU